CAAUCCUCCGUGAUAGUGUCAUCGUACCAUGGGGUACUUGACCGAGGUAGACAGCCCUGGUUUUCUGGAAAUCGUCAGUGGUCCGGUGCCAUUAAACACGUUAUAUGUGUAUUGCAAUUUGAUCCCGUAGCGCUGGGUCAGAAAGUAAGUUAUACGAAUUCCUGGGCAUUCGGGUCUCUGCAGGACGUAAAUGUACGUGAGUUUUUAAAAGGUGAUGCAGGGCAUAAUGCCAGUUAAAACAAAAUCUCGUGUUCCUGAAAAUAUGGGUAUCACAGGUGGUUUGGUAGAUGCCAGAGAUAAGCAAGUGUUAAAGGAAGCGGUAGAAGCAGUUGUUAACAGCUUUGCUAAGCAUACUCAAGGCUAUGGAAGAGUAAAUGUGGUAGAAGCUUUGCAAGAGUUUUGGCAAAUGAAACAAAGUAGAGGAACAGAGCUAAGAAACGGAGCAUUAGUUAUUUAUGAAUCUGUACCUGGUACCAGUCCACCUUAUGUAUGUUAUGUUACUCUCCCUGGCGGAUCUUGCUUCGGUAGUUUUCAAAAUUGCCCCACUAAAGCUGAAGCUCGUAGAUCAGCAGCAAAAAUUGCUUUAAUGAAUUCUGUUUUCAAUGAACAUCCAGCACGUAAGAUAACAGAUGAUUUCAUAGAGAAAGCUGUUGCAGAAGCAAGAGCUAGCUUUGCUAAGCCCUCUGCAACUUCCAACGGUGUUGGCAAUCAAACACAGGGAAAUGGAGAUGAGAAAGAAGAUCCAAAUACAGGUAUAGGUGCAUUUCGUUUUAUGUUGGAAUGCAACCGUGGGAGAACAAUGUUAGAAUUUCAAGAAUUAAUGACAGUCUUCCAAUUACUUCAUUGGAAUGGGUCUUUGAAAGCAAUGAGAGAAAGGCAAUGUAGCAGACAAGAAGUAGUUGCUCAUUACAGUCACCGAGCUUUAGAUGAUGAUAUGCGUAGUCAAAUGGCGCUAGAUUGGGUAGCAAGAGAACACGAAAGCGGUGGCGGCGUUGUUGCCAUGGAGUUGGCAUUGGCCGAAAGAGAACUUGAAGCAGCACGUUUAGCUGGAAGAGAACUUAGAUUUCCUAAAGAAAAAAAGGAUAUAUUAAUGCUUGCACAUGCUCAAGUAUGCCCUCAGUGAUUUUUACAAAGUGAUCGUGCAAUUUACAUGCAAAAAGAGAUACGACACUGGUUUUGCAAAAGCUGGUAUUAGGGGAAUAUUUUUAAUGACAUAUAAUGUCACUAUAUUGUGAAGUGCUUUAUUGUUGUCUAGCAUUGAGACACGUAAUCAAUUCCGUCCUUUUUAUGAAGUAUUUUUGGUGAUAAUAGAAUAUUAAUGAAAUUAUAAACUUAAUGUAUUUUUAAGAAUACUUUAGACGCGUGACUGCUAUUUUAAACUGCGAUAAAAAAAUACGUGCAGGACAAACCAUUCAAAUCAAAAUUAAUUAUUAACUGUAUAUAGAUAUAUUUCGAUACAAAAUCUUGUCUUCCGUUACAAUCUUAUGCCCCUUCCGCCUCAUAAUUAUAGUAUUACAUAUGUUCGACAUAUAGCGAGAAUGCUUGGUGAUGUAUUGCUUGCCUGAGGAAUAUAAAAGAAAUAUGAAUGGUUUUUUAUCAAAACAUCAAUUCAUAUGUUUAUCAUUUAUGAAAUCAUCAUUCUAUGUUAUACAUUUACAUGAUAUUACAAAACAUGGGCAGAUUUGCUGUACUUAAAUAGUUAUAUACAUGAUAUAAAUUGUUUUAAAAAUAUUUUAUUACUAUUUUUAGAUAUUGAUAAAUACAUGUUUUAAUAAAAUCUCAUAAUUUUAA